GAUCCUAUCACCUACAUCGUGUUCAGCCUUCCUUUGUCGGUCUUCAACAUAAUUCUUUGCAAGCAGCAAACUCGUUUGGCUCUCAAUAUACUUGCGCUUAAAGAUGAUCAACGCAGUUCUUGUCUUCAAUAAUGCUGGGCAACCGCGCCUUACAAAGUUCUACACACAAUUAGAAACAUCAGUUCAACAGCGGCUUAUUUCAGAGAUAUUCACACUCGUCUCUAAUCGUCCUGCGGGCUCUUGCAAUUUCCUUCCGCUUCCGCCCCUUCUCGCCUCCUCCUCCACAUCCAAAACAGAUUCAUCUCCUCAUAACGAUAUCCCUUCCCUCGUCACAUAUCGCCAUUAUGCGACACUAUACUUCAUCAUUAUUUCAACAUCCACCGAAUCCCCGCUUGCUCUUAUUGAUCUGAUACAAGUAUAUGUGGAGGCACUCGAUCGUUUAUUUGAGAACGUUUGCGAACUGGAUUUGAUCUUCAACUUUGAGACGCUGCAUGCAACUUUGAGCGAGAUGAUCGUGGGCGGUGUUGUCAUUGAGACACAGUUGGAGAGAGUUGUGGAAGGGGUAAAGGCACAGGGAAAAGUAGCAAAGAGACCCUUGAAUGAAGGGAGGGGCGGGGCAUUAGGAGGCAUGGGAAUGGGCGGGAAUUUUGCCUGGGCCACCCGGUGAAACUAGUGACCGUUUGGUUAUACCUAAGACCAACUACAAUAAGAGAACGCCCAUCAUUAAGCAAGAUCACAAGAUUACAGGAAUACGUGAUCGGAGACUGGCAGCGAGGGACACACUGGAUGGCAAUUGUAGAGGGUAUUUCAACACUCUCAACACCGAAGUCGUUUCGUCAGCUGGAAUGACACAAGUCUCA